UCUCGGCAGUCGACGAAGAGUUUUGGGUGCACACGUAGGUAGAUCCUGCUGCUUCCCACCCAGUUGAAACGGUACACGUGCUUUGAAAACUGUUCUGCCACAUUUAUGGAAUUAUCUGAGUGUUUGGUUUCAUGUGUUCUGUGCGACCGAAAGGGAUAAUGUGAGUGCUGUGGCGGGUUUUCCUCUGGAUUAUUUCCAUUCAAGUAUAUAGAAGUAAAUAUCGAAGUAGGGUAUGAGCGAAUACGAACGUAUACGAAGGGCAUGUCUGAAACGCGGCGAACUUUGGGAAGAUCCCGACUUUCCUGCGACUCAAGCCUCAGUAUUUUACCACCAGACGCCGCCAUUUCAAUUCACGUGGAAGAGACCAAAAGACUUAUGUGCUAGACCAGGAUUUGUGCAAGAUGGACCAGCGCAGUUCGAUAUUAGCCCUGGAAAGAUGGGAGAUAGGUGGCUGGUGUCCUGCCUCGGCGUUUUGUACCUGAACAAAGGGCUGUUCUACAGGGUGGUGCCCGCGGAUCAGUCCUUUAAUGGAGAACAAUACUCGGGAGUCUUUCGGUUCCGGUUAUGGUGGUGUGGCGAGUGGACGGAGGUCCUUGUGGAUGAUCGGCUGCCAACCGUACACGGAAGAUUAGCCUUCCUUCAGUCGCAACACUCCGACCACUUCUGGCCCGGUUUAUUGGAAAAGGCUUAUGCAAAAUUACAUGGAUCUUACGAGGCCUUGAAAUAUGGUUCGAUGCUUGACGGCUUAGCUGACUUAACUGGAGGAAUCACAGAAAGUAUUCCAAUCAGGCAAGAUGCGACUUCAUGUGCCAGACUCUUACACAAACUCUUAGAUAUGACUUCGAUAAUCACCUGUUCGGUACAACCCCCGAAUCAGGUCAGAUCUCACACGGAGAAGCUAACAAAUGGCGUGCAAAUAGGCAUAAAUUAUCGGAUAUAUUCGAUAGAAAGAAUUGAAUCGUUCAACGGCGAGGCAAUCCAAUUAAUUAAAAUAAGAAACCCCCUGGGGCAGUCUUCUGAGUAUACGGGGUCCUGGUCGGUAGAUUCCCAAGAGUGGUCAGAGACGCCACCUCACGAAUUGGAAAGAAUUCAGGGGAAACUUCAGGAGGGCGAGUUCUGGAUGCCCUACUCCGAUUUCGUGCAAACCUUCACUCAUUUAGAAGUGGUCCACUUGGACAAUGAUACUAGCAGGGACGAACCCAGUUUGCACCAUAAAAGCACGUGGCAAAUGAGACUGUACCAGGGGAACUGGCAAAAGGGGGUGUCCGCGGGAGGUUGCCGGAACAACCCAGACACGUUUCACAUAAACCCCCAACUCCAUUUACUUUUAAGCGAGAUGGAGGAGGUGGUCGUCUCGCUGAACCAACACAGCAUAAUGGAACCCAAAGUCAUAGGAUUUACGUCGUACUCAUUACCAAAAAGCAGCACUGAAACGAUAGGUAAGGCAUUUUUUAAGAAGAACAAAUCGCUGUUCAACUCCCAGUACACAAACAGCCGGCAAGUCAGCCACAGGUGCCAGUUAGAGCAGGGGGGUUAUUUGAUAAUUCCCACCACUUUCGAACCCGGGCAGGAAUCGGGAUUUACCCUGAGGGUAUAUUCCAGCAAGCCUCUGAAGUUGAAAUUGCUGGAUACGGUUCCCUUGUUGGUUAAGUCGGCAAUUGUGAAAGCUCCACCGCUUCUGGACGGUAAAAGUUUUAGUCAGUACGAAGCCGUCUUUCUGCAGUUGGCCGACGAGCACAGGACUGUGAACGCAUUCGAACUACAGGAGUUAUUGGACGCUUGUUUACCUAAUGAUUACAUAAAGAGCUGCGCAUCGAUAGAAGUUUGCCGGCAGAUCGUUUUAACAUUUGAGACUUCUGGCACUGGAAGGUUGAAAUUUAGCGACUUUAAAGACUUGAUGUGUAGCCUCAAAUUUUGGCAGACGGCUUUCAAGAAUCAUACGAAGGAGAAGACGGGAAUUUUGAAGGCCGAAAGGUUGCGAGAUGCCCUGCUGGAGGUCGGAUUUCAACUAAGCAGUGACGUUUUAGCCACCUUGAUUUUAAGAUACAUGAGGAAGGACGGGACCCUCCGAUUUGGCGAUUUCGUUUCGGCCAUAUUACAUUUAACCGUUUCAUUUAAUAUAUUCGAAGCAAAGGACCCUCUCCAAAAUGGAAGUAUAAAAUUAAAUCUAUCAGAGUGGCUCAAAUCGUCGUUGACCUGCUGAAAAGAUUAGCCGUCAAGUUAUCAUCACGUAAUUGUACAUAAUCAUGUUUAUAUUUAAAUUAAUUCUUGUACCUUUAAGUUGUAAAAUAUUAUACUAUAAGUAAAUUAAGUUAUUAAAACCUCUUUUAA